AUGUUUACUGCCUGUCUUGGGUCGAGAGAUAUAGACCAAGAGACGGAGGGCAAAAACACAGUCGGCAUCCUGAGGCGGUUACGCGAUGAUUGCAAAAGAGUAAUAUCAGCAGUAGAGGCUCAGAUAUACACUUCACUGCUGGCCUGCGUUUACCCGAGUGACCUGCAGGGCAACAUUAACUGGAUUGCUGUUGAGUCCUUCAAAAACCCCAAGGCGUCACCGCAUCCUCUUGCCUGCCAUCCUCGUGAUGUUUUCCACCCGAAUAACACUGUUCUGCCUCGCGUUGCGCUCCACCCGGUAAAACGUGUCGCAAAAGUCCUGGCACCGCAUGUGCUUCAAAAACUCCUCGUCGUGGGUGAUGACAAUCAGCUGCAGGUUCCCCUGCGACUGCCUCGCCUUGAUGAUCCUGUGCAGGCUGCUCGCCAGGCUGCGGAUGUUGUCGCUGUCGAGGUUGGUCGUCGGCUCGUCCAGCGCGAUCAGGCCGCAGUUGACGCCAAACGACUCGGCCAGUGCUAG